UAUGUCGAUUUAUCGUCUGAGUAUUAUUGACGAAGAUGCAAGAAAAAGUGAUUCAUUCAACUCGAUUAUUCACUGAACAUUUCCUCAAGAAUCUUUUGUUUCAUUUCAUGAAUUACAUCAAUAACGUUCACUAAUUCUAGUGACUACAUUAACGUCAUGGAAAACUUAUAAAUAAGGAAAAUGCUUCUUAGUAAUUGGUACUCUGUUUCAGUGAAACAAUCAUGAGAGAAAUACAUCUUUUUUAUAUUAUUCUCGUUUAUCUGUAUGUAAAAACUGUUUUUUCACUAACUGCUAUCCAAGAAUGUAAACCUCGAUACCACUACUGGAGACCAUAUACUGGAAAAAUUCCUGAAGAUGCAUUCAGAGCUGGAGAUAGAGGUGAUAUCACCUAUGUUGCUAAAAUAAUACCUCUAGAUAUCAAUUCGUGGUCUCAUGCAGGACAAAUUGGUGGCUACGAUUACGUUGAUUGGGGAUGGCCAGAGAAAUGGAUGUACAGGGUAGACAAAUUCUUAGAGAUCCUUUGUACUGAACCAAAGUACAAAAGAACCCUCCAAUGGCGAAAUAUCUAUGAUCCAACUGACCUGAAAACAACAGAACGGCACUGCUGUCUUGUUGAAAGUGGUGUCACCUAUAGAAAUGGAGUUGCACAUUUUGCCUACGUUGGUAGAAAAUAUGUAGAUAACGUUUUUUUUGUAGGACCAGUGUAUAUGAGGGAUGAUUUUUUUCAUCCAAAAGGGAUGUUUGCUGUUCAUGCAAGGAAGUCGUACUACUUUUCUAGGGACUUUGAAAUUCUGCACUACGGAUGUGUCAAAUCAUAAUGUACCUAAUGUAAUUUAUAUUAGGUGUUCCAAUUUUAUUGUCACUUCAUAUAUCUUUCCACAUUCAUGUUGAAUUGCCCAAUUACAGUUAUCUUUGAAUACAUUCAAUAUCCUUUAGAAGCAUCAUAAAAAAUUGUUAGAUUUAUUGAAUCAAAAACUAAUUUGAACUAAAACCCAUUUACAGAUUUGAAAAAAAAGCCCUAAUUAUUUUAUUAAUUUUAAAAUAUAAUUAGGUAAGGUAUCAAUUAGUAAUUGAAGGAUCUAAAUGAAAUGCCAAUAUUAUAGAACCGAUAAAAAUGUUCUUUGUUUCAAAAUAAUAUCUAUGAAAAACGAAACUUAUGAGAAGAAGAAUAAUCAAUAAGCAAAGUUGAGAUGUUAACUUAAUUCUGCAUCGAAUAAAUUAUUCACCUUAAGUUA